AUGAGCAAGCGCUCUUUCGAUGAGUCCAGGGGCAGCCAGCCAUCCGAGGCCGAGCACAAUGGCCUGCUGCCCCUUCAUGAGCUGCUUUCGCCCGACGAGCAGGAACACGACCCGACUCCACCCGCGGGUCAGUCCAAGAAGCCCCGGAAUUUCAUUGCCACGGUGGCGUGCGAGACGUGUCGCUUGAAGAAGACACGAUGCGACGAGUCCCGACCGAAGUGUGGGCUAUGCAAGUCCCUGGGCCUGGACUGUGUCUAUAAUGAACGAAAAUCAUCAAAACGCGAUCAAUCCCUGACGAUGAUCAUGAGUACUCUCCAUCGGCUGGAGACGAAGCUGGAGAAUAUCCCCUCGUCCAUUCUCAGUGAUCUUCAGUCGCUCGAGGGGCAACUGCGCCACGCAAAUGAUCGCUCGCAAGAAGUCCAUCCAUCGCCUGCUCAUCGCGAUGUGGGCCGGCAUCCAUCUAUCAGGCCCUCCACGGCGACUCCCGGCUUCACACCAGCCGCCCGGGACGGGGAUGACUUUGAUUGGGAGCAAAACCAGGCCACUCCCGACGCUUCGGGACGUAUCUCCAUUUCCUUCAGUCAACAUGGAGUCAUUCUAUGGCCGGGUGCACGCCAAAUCCUUCCUGACCAGUUACUCUCGGCAUACGAGCUACUGGGUAAGAACUACGUGAUCGAGCUGGAAUCGACGCGACCUCCCCUGCCCAUGUUCACAAGCCCGUUCCCGCUACACUCGGGGGAACACUGGCUGGAAGUGUUGCCAUUGGCCAUGAUCAAAGGCCUAGCUGAUGCUUUUUUUGCCGUGUUCAGCCCAUUUACCCCGAUCAUGGAUAAGACCUUCUUUUUCUCUUUUACCCUCGGCGCCGCCAUUGAGAGUGGCUUCGGAUACACCAUGGAAAGCUGUCUGGUACUGAACGUGAUGGCGCUUGGCUGUCUGGGAGUGCUUGCCUAUCAGGAGGGGAAUUACCCUCUACCGGGAAUGCAGAGCCAUCGCUUUGAGCCACCAGAAUGGAUGAACGUGGUAUACGAAGAACAGCCUGGCUUACGUUUCUUCAACGAAGCCCGUCGUCGUAUUGGCUUUUUGAUGUGUAACAAUGACAUCCAGAGUUGCCAAUUCUUUUUGCUUUCUUCUGUCUACUACAGCCAGAUCCCUCGUCCGAUGGAUGCUUGGGCGAUGAUUCAUCGUGCGGCAACUUGCUGCCUCUCCAUGUUGACCAACCACGAUGUAAGCUUCGAUGAAUGGGAAGGAGACAUGAAGUCCCGCGUGUACUGGAACUGCCUCAUGAACGAGACAAUCCUCGUCCAAGAACUACAUCUUCCUCCAAGCGGACUCUCCCGUCUGGAGGAGCAAGUCCCAAUCCCCAAAUUCAUCGCCUUCGAAACGACUGGCUAUACGUCAACCCGAUAUCCCUCGUCCACGCUCGUCGACGACUCAUACUUCCAGUAUCACUUCCUAGCACAAGUGGCACAUCGCAUUAUUCUAACUCGUAUCCGGCAUUCCCUCUACUUCUACUCCGACUCGGGCACAAUACCUCUCCCAGCAGUCAAUGCCGAACUUCACCACCAGCUUGAACAGUGGCGUAACAACCUCCCAUCGGCUAUCCAGUUCACCGAUGCACAACUCCAGCCAUGCUACUCUACCCCCGGACCAGGUGACAUUUCAUCAGUCCAUCUCUCGCCCGCCUCAGCGGCAUCGCCAAAUCACGUCAAUCCACACCCGGCAGAUCCAAAUCGCCCAUUAUCACCUGCAGUGGCAGUCACCGACGCCAUGCUUCGUGGGCGGUAUAUGAUCGCUAAGUUUCAUAUUGGCCGACCAUAUCUAUACAAAGCACUCCGCAUCCCGCACUUGUUGACAGAUGACGAUCUGGAGCAAAUCAAAAGUGGACUCCAGAAUGCGAUGGAUUGGCCCGUGACGCAGGGAAUCUUCAGAAAGAUGAAGAGCUGCAUUCCUAUCAAGUUUGCAUUUUGCUCGCAGUUCUUCGGACAGAUCCUCCUCUUCUAUUGCAUUGCUCAUUCGCCGAGUGCGCGGGUACGAGAAACGUUGCCUAGUGGCUGGGAACGUUGGAAUGAUGAGAUGAUGCGAUUUUUGGAAGAUUCUGCGCGGAAUAGUCCAGCAGUGGCACAGGAUUUGGAGCUGCUGCGCUCUUUAUGGCCCGGACAUGAGUGA